AAGCUAUUAUAAGACCCCCCCUAUUCUAAGAAAUCCUAAUUCAAGUCAGUAUACACGUGCAAACCCGUAAAUUGUUUUGGAUCUAAUUUUAUACUCAGUUGCAUCACAAUGAGUUGCUUUCUCUAAAAGAUGAGACAAAUAACGCCACUUCCCGUUUUUUUGUCUUUCAACCAACGUGUGCUGGAAGAUCAACAAGGAAAUUACGUAUGACGUUUUAGUUUUCUUUUUGCUGGCCGACUGAGGGAAUCCCCCGAAAAUGCAUAUAAAAACAAUCAGAUAAGAGAGCUGCAGCACAGUGCUACUGAUUUACCACACAGACCUGAGAUAUCUGAUCAGAGAGAUGGCAGUCUUUAAUCUCUACUUCGCCAGCUGUGCGCUGCUGCUGAUCCUGAGCUGGCGCACAUCCACAGGACUCCCGGUGCCUUCACUGAGCACAGAGAAAUGCGAGGAGUGCUCAUCGCUCUUCAAGAGCCUCCAGCUGGAUAUUAAAGGACUGCUCAACAGUAGUGUUUGCCAUGGCAUCCCUACUGCUGACAUGGAGAUGACGAGCACAGCUGAGACAGUACAGGCCUGCGCACCCGCUCUGACUCAGAACCCAGGCUGCAAUGCACCGAGAAGUUCAUCCUUCAGUGAGAGUGAAUGUCUGAGAAACAUCAUGAAGGACUUGGCACACUACACUGCUGUUAUUGAGUCCUACCGCAACUCCACAAUCAGAGAUCCUGAGGGAGAAGCUGCACUUCUGAACACAACUCUGGGAAUAAUUCACAGCCUGAGGAAGAACUGUUCCCUGAUGCCUGAUGGAGGGAACGACACUUCAAAGGAGGAUCUGGCUCAUACGUGGGGAAAUGACAGCUUCAGUAACAGACAGAAGAUGUGUAAGAUGAUGAGGGCCUUCCAUGUCCGAACCAUCACCUUCAACCGAGCCAUGGGCUACAUCUCCUCAGGAGACCACAGAAAGUAAACACCCUGCAACCUCAUCAUCAUCAUCAUCAUCACCAUCAUUCCAACCAAUACCACAAUGUCUCAUCUUCUUUAUCUGAACAAACCUUCCUGAUCAUUCACUACCAUGACAACUACUCACCAA